CGGGUCCGCCCGGGCCCAGAACGGGAUGCGGGCCGGUCCCGUGCGCUCUGCCAUGAGCGGCGCCUCGCAGCCCCGCGGCCCGGCCCUGCUACUCCCGGGCGCCCGGGGCGCCCCCGCCAAACGCCUGCUGGACGCGGACGACGCGGCGGCAGUGGCAGCCAAGUGCCAGCGCCUCUCCGAGUGCUCGAGUCCCCAGGACUACCUCAGCCUCCCCGGCUCGCCCUGCAGCCCGCAGCUCCCGUCCGCCGCGCCGGGGGCCGGAGGCGGCUCCGGGAGCGCGCCGGGACCGAGCCGCAUCGCCGACUACCUGCUGCUGCCCCUAGCCGAGCGCGAGCAUGUGUCCCGGGCGCUGUGCAUCCACACUGGCCGCGAGCUGCGCUGCAAGGUGUUUCCCAUUAAACACUACCAGGACAAAAUCAGGCCUUACAUCCAGCUGCCGUCACACACGAACAUUACCGGCAUUGUGGAAGUGAUCCUUGGGGAAACCAAGGCCUAUGUCUUCUUCGAGAAGGACUUUGGGGACAUGCACUCCUACAUGCGAAGCCGGAAGAGGCUGCGGGAAGAGGAGGCUGCCCGGCUCUUCAAGCAGAUUGUCUCUGCCGUCGCCCACUGCCACCAGUCAGCCAUUGUGCUGGGGGACCUGAAGCUUAGGAAAUUCGUCUUCUCCACGGAGGAGAGAACCCAGCUCAGACUAGAAAGUCUAGAAGACACGCACAUAAUCAAGGGGGAAGACGAUGCUUUGUCGGACAAACACGGCUGCCCAGCGUACGUGAGCCCCGAGAUUCUCAACACCACGGGGACCUACUCUGGAAAGGCCGCGGACGUUUGGAGCCUAGGGGUGAUGCUCUACACCCUUUUGGUCGGACGAUACCCCUUUCAUGACUCAGACCCCAGUGCCCUUUUCUCCAAAAUUCGACGUGGACAGUUCUGCAUUCCCGACCACAUUUCCCCCAAAGCCAGGUGCCUCAUUCGCAGCCUCCUGAGACGGGAGCCUUCCGAGAGACUCACUGCUCCUGAGAUCUUACUCCAUCCCUGGUUUGAAUCCGUCUUGGAACCUGGAUACAUCGACUCAGAAAUAGGAACUUCAGACCAGAUUGUUCCAGAGUACCAGGAGGACAGUGACAUUAGUUCCUUCUUCUGCUAAUCCCAAAAACCUCAGAAACCUCAUAAUUCUCACAUGUGGCAUUUCCAUUUCUAAAGAUGGACAGGCCCUUUGGCAUGGUGCCAACCAGAUACAUGACUGCAUCAUGAUUGUAGCUUCCAAACUCAGCGUGGCACCUCCUCUUGUUUGUUGGGAUGAGUGACUAUUGGCUGAGCAACAGACAUGCUAACUGGCUGCCCUGCAGAGUUGUUUCCCUUCUUAAGGAACCCAUGCCAACUGUCUCUUUGUCAGAUUUGGGGGAUCCGAAUUUUUUAUAAGGGGCAAAGAGUAUGGACGUCCUCCACCAUGUGGUCAAGUGUAAUGAACUUGAACAUUUGAAUGGGAGAGGAAGCAAAUCACACAGUGGCAUUUUCGGCAAUAAUUAACCAUAUUUUAAGAGGGUGACAAAUAAUUUAGGCCAAUUAACCUGCCAUCUUGGAACUUAUCUUUGGUAGCUAGACUUGCUACUGAGGCUUCUCUGAUGGGAAAGUUCUUUUUUUGGUUUAACACUCAUCUUUUCUUCACACUCAACAUUUACUAAUGACUCUGCUCUGUUUUUGGAGCAGAGUGUUUUUAGUUGCUCAGGAGCCUGAUGGAACCAUGAACCUGGACUCUGUCCUCUGUUUCCUGCCAAGACCUCAUCUGCACUAAUGACUUCUCCCUGACCUUGACACUCUCCCCCUUUAGCUACAAAAACACUUACCAGCUAACCGUGGAAAAGUAUCACAAAAGAUUUGACCUCUCAACUAUUUUCAGAACUCUCAGCUCAGACAGAGAAACUGUAGGUUUUUAAGAAUAAUUAAGUUUCCCCCACAUAUGUUAGUACUUACCCAAGUUAGUUACUUUUCCCCAAGACCAUCUCAGGGUGUGGAGCAUUUUGUCCAGGAGGAGAAAGACAAAGAGGCUCCCACCACCCCUCUCCCAAAAGCAAACAAACAUCUUUGUGCUUUGAAGAAAGUAAAUUUUGGAUAGUCUUAGAAGAUUCUCAGACUAACUUCCAGAAUUACACUUUAACCCCUCCCGGAUGUGGUCUGCCCCUGGCAUUGUGUGUGCAUCUGCAGUUUUGCAUGAUGGGUUGUUAAUAUUUCAAAUGUGUGGUUUAUGAGUACAUCUGCAUACUUGGCUUCUGGAGUGAAAUAGCAAGCCCCAAAUCUUUAAAGUCAGAAGGGACUUUAAAAAUCAUCUGGCCCAACCUCUUUCCUCUUUCUGGCACCUCCCAAUGCAGAAAUCCCCUCUUCAGCUUCUUUCGAAGGUGGGAAUCCAGCCUCUGUUUGGAUGCCUCCAGAGAUGGGAACUCACUCCCUAUACAGCAGAUAGAGAAACUUCAGCUUGUGUUAAAAAAACAAGUUGAGAUGAAAUAUCAGUAACUGUCUUGGACAGUGCUGAAAUCGGGUGGUUAAACGGGUAAAAUAAAACAUACUGUAUUUUGAGAAAUGGCACAAAAACAGGCAGUCAUCUUUAAGGGCUAUGCCUAGGCAAACUACUAACAUGCAUUGUGAGAAUGCCGUGUAUACCUCACGUACCGUGUACUUUGUACAUAUGUUGUACCUUUUAUACAUAUGUCCGAUACUGUUUUGUUGUUUUGGCUCUGAGGCUUGUUUUGUUGUCUGUGUCUGUCUGAAUAACCUGCGUGUCUAAAACCACGUGAAAUGUGAAUGAUUAUUGGCAAUAUUACCUUGACAGAAUCAUGGGACUCGGAGAAGAGGGAGGACAGAGGCCUCUGUCGCACUAACGCUCUCGUGGUUGCCCGACUGUUGUAUCUGUGAUACAUUAUCCGGCUGAGGACUCUGGGCUGGCAGGGGCUUCUGCCGGGGAAGCUAGAAACACUAGAUUCUUCCUGUACAUAUGUGUAUAUAUGUGAACAGUGAGAUGGCUGUUUCUGACUUGUAGAGAAAUUUUAAUAAAUCUGGUUUCGUAAA